UCGACGCAUUUGCACCCUGGGAACAGUCGUUAGAAACGCUUGAAGGAAAGGAGUGCCACACGGCGACACGGGACUUUUUUUUUUUUUAUUUCAAGGUUGUGCAACAUAAUCCGCAGUUGCAGCGCUGGAUGCUCACAGACAAAGGGGAAGUGGCUCAGAGCAGGAGUAAGAGGAUUGAGGAGACUCGUGGUCAGAUCCGCGUCACCGAAAUUUUUUUCUUUUACGCGUAAAAGCUCCAACGGGGAAAUAGAAAACACACACUUUGGACACAUUUCUAUUUUUUAACAACUUUCUGCGUCCUUGGUGGAAUCAUCACGUUUCUCGGAUCUCAAGCCUUUAAUUCAUUCUGACCUUAUAUAGCCUGUGUGAACGCGGCGGGAGCAGAUAGAAUUUGUGCCGCGUUGCCAAAGUUUAUAAUUAAAUGCUCGGAUCCUUUUGAGACUCGCUUUUUCUCUCUGUACCGACACGUGUGAUUUGCAGGUUUGUUUAUUGGACCAGUGGAUGUUACAGAAGGGAAAAGGAGCUCUUCUUGUGAUUCGCCAUUUUUAAGUCUUUGAGUCACUUGGACAGGAGCUGCUCGACCUUCUUCUUUCGUCUUUUUUCCGGAUCUCGGUUGCUGUGCCAUGGCUCGCUGCUUCCUCUCCGUGUGCCUGGUGCUGCUGCUCGGCUGGCGGGGGUCUGAAGCCCAGCAGGCCGGGGAGAGCCCACCACCGGGACCGGGGGGGGUCACCCUCCGGACCCUGCUCGCCGGAACCUGCCAGGAGAUCCACGGCUACGCGGAGUCGCUGCUGGGAACCGGCGUGGUGCGGUCCGCCGCGGAGUUUUUCGAGAUGGUGCUGAGAGUGGUGGCGGAGGGAGCUGCCAGCGGCCUGAACGUCAUCGCCGUCUACGUCACGGAGAUCCUCAGGGUCACAGGAUUCGACGCUGCACUGCCCAAAGUUACCCCAGAGGGCGUGGCCGCCUUCGCUCAGUGGGGUCUCCUGGCUCUCAUUGGCUACUGGGUGCUGACCAUCGUCCUCCGUCUGCUCAUCGCCGUGUUGAGGCGGGUGUUCUGGGUGGUGAAAACCGUCUUGGCGCUCUGGCUUUUCGGACUGAUGGUGACUGACAAGACCGCCACCACGGACGCCACGGCGGUCCGACUGGCCGGCCUGGUGCUGGUGUGCGCCCUGUUGACUAUGCUCUCUUCUGCGUCUGAGAAGUCGUGCGCGGUGGAGGAGCGGCUGAGCGUCCUGGAGAGCCGGCUGAGGGCAGUAGAGAAGAGGAAAGGGGACUAGCGAUGGGAAAGAGGGUGCAGCGGAGUAAAGAUGAGCGAAGGUGAUGGUGAUGUGGAGAAUGGUAACUUUGAUGGUUUCUAUGUGUGUGUCAAAUAAUUAUGGCAAAUAAAGUAAUCUCUGGGAUUUUUAAUCAGGAA